CUACUCCUCCUACUCCUCCUCCUCCUCCAGCUCUCCUGUCGUCCUGGUGUGAGGAGCUGGGACGCCUCCUCCUGCUUCGCCACCAGAAGACCCGUCAGAGCGAGCCCCCCGUGAAGGGCCCCAUGCAGCCCCCCAUGAACUCCAUGAAGCCCGGACUCUCACACGGUGAUGGGUCCUUUCCCUACGACUCGGUGCCAUGGCAACAGAACACCAAUCAGCCGCCGGGCUCGUUGUCCGUGGUGACCACCGUGUGGGGCGUGACCAACACGUCCCAGAGUCAGGUGCUGGGGAAUCCCAUGGCCAACAACAACAACCCCAUGAACCAAGGGGGAAACCCCAUGGGCUCGGGGAUGCCAGGGAACAACCAGGGCAUGAACUCCCCGCAGUUCCCCGGAAACCAGCAGCAGUACCCCAACAAGGGCAACUCCAACCAGGGCUACGUGCAGCAGGGCAUGUACGGCAGACCCAACUACCCUGGGGGAGGGGGCUUCGGUGGCAAUUACCCUGGGGGUCCCAACUCCGGACCAGGGGGCAUGGGCAUGCCUCCCCACGGCCGGCAGCAGUCGGACUUCGCCCAGCCGGCCGCUGCCGCCGCCGCCGCCGCGGUAGCCGCCGCGGCUGCCACGGCGACCGCCACCGCCACGGCAACCGUAGCCGCCAUGCAGGAGACGCAGAACAAGGACAUGGGCCAGUACGGACCGAUGAGUUCCACCUUCCAGAUGGGACCCAACCAGGCGUACAACAGCCAGUUCAUGAACCAGCCGGGUCCCCGGGGCCCGCGGACCCUCUCGGGGAACAUGGGCCCGGGCAUGAAUGCUUCCAACAUGGGCGGCCCUCCCAUGGGGAUGAACCAGCCCAGGGCCCAGGGCAUGGGGCCGUUCGGGCCUCACGGCCAGCGGAUGCCCCAGCAGCAGGGCUACGCCGGGCCCCGGCCGCAGGGCAUGAGCAUGCAGGGGAUGAAGAGGCCCUACCCGGGGGAGCCGAGCUACGGCGGGCAGCAGUACGGACCCAACAACCAGUUCCCCGGUCAGCAGGGCCAGUACCCAGCGCCCAACCCCGCCCAGAGACCGCUGCCCUCGCCCAACUAUCCGGGUCAGAGGAUGCCGGGCCAGCAGCUCCAGGGACAGUACCCCCCCCCCAGCGCCGCCAUGGGCCAGUACUACAAGCAAGAGCCAGGGUUCAACGGCCAGUCGAAUAACUUCUCUGGGAGUGGUGGAUACCAGUACAACCAGGGAAACAUGAACGGGCCUCCCAGGCCGGUGGGCAACUACCCCCACUCACCCGUCCCGGGAAACCCCACGCCUCCCAUGACACCGGGCAGCAACAUCCCCCCGUACCUGUCGCCCAACCAGGACGUCAAGCCCCCCUUCCCCCCCGACAUCAAACCAAACAUCAACGCACUUCCUCCUCCUCCAGUGAACCCCAACGAGGAGCUCCGGCUGACCUUCCCGGUGCGGGACGGGGUGGUGCUGGAGCCCUUCAGGCUGGAGCACAACCUGGCCGUCAGCAACCACGUCUUCCACCUGCGGCCCUCCGUGCACCAGACGCUCAUGUGGAGGUCGGACCUGGAGCUGCAGUUCAAGUGCUACCACCACGAGGACCGGCAGAUGAACACCAACUGGCCCGCCUCGGUCCAGGUCAGCGUCAACGCCACGCCCCUCACCAUCGAGAGGGGCGACAACAAGACGUCCCAUAAGCCCCUGCACCUCAAGCACGUGUGCCAGCCGGGCAGGAACACCAUCCAGAUCACCGUCACCGCCUGCUGUUGUUCCCACCUGUUUGUGCUCCAGCUGGUCCAUCGGCCCUCGGUCCGGUCGGUGCUGCAGGGCCUCCUGAAGAAGAGGCUCCUGCCCGCAGAGCACUGCAUCACCAAAGUAAAGAGGAACUUCAGUAGCGUAGCCGCGUCCUCCGGCAACCCCUCGCUCAACGGCGAGGACGGCGUGGAGCAGACGGCCAUCAAAGUCUCCCUCAAAUGUCCGAUCACCUUCCGGCGAAUACAGCUUCCUGCACGGGGACACGACUGCAAACACGUCCAGUGUUUUGAUUUGGAAUCCUAUUUACAAUUGAACUGUGAGAGGGGUACAUGGCGAUGUCCUGUAUGCAAUAAAACGGCAUUGUUAGAAGGACUUGAGGUGGACCAGUACAUGUGGGGAAUCUUGAAUGCCAUUCAAAACUCGGAAUUCGAGGAGGUGACCGUGGACCCGACGUGCAGCUGGCGGCCUGUGCCCAUCAAGUCGGACAUCCACAUCAAGGAGGACCCAGACGGACCGAUGGCCAAGAGGUUCAAGACCAUGAGUCCCAGCCAGAUGAUCAUGCCCAACGUGAUGGACAUGAUAGCCCAGCUAGGGCCCGGGCCCUCGCCCUACCCGCCGCAGCACGGCGGGAACCACAGCGAGUACGGCGGCCAAGGCUACGGGGGCCACGGAAACUUCGACUUUCCCCACGGCAACCCCGGCAGCACGUCCAUGAAUGACUUCAUGCACGGCCCCCAGCUCUCCCACCCCCCCGACAUGCCCGGUAACCUGAUGAGCCAGGACAAGCCGCUCUCCCACAACAUGCCCGACUCGGUACCUCAUCCUGCCAGCACUGACCAAUCACACAGCUCCUUGCAGCAGACCCUACAGCACGCCUCUCCGCACCACGGCAACCACCCCCACCAGGGGGGUCCGCAGCUGCACCACGGGGGGCCUCCUCAGCCCUUGCGGCAGCCCCCGCCCUCCCAGCAACAACAACAACAUCAACAACAACAAUUACAGCAGCAGCAACAGCAGCAGCAACAACAGCAGCAGCAACAACAACAACAACAACAGCAUCAACAGCAGCAACAGCCCGGCCCUAACAACCAUCCCCACGGCGACCUGUCCUUCAACCCCUCCAACAGCCUAGACAGUGGGUCGGGGUCGGACAUGCCAGAACCUUCCUUAGACCUACUUCCAGAGCUCGCCAACCCAGACGAGCUGUUGUCCUACCUGGACCCCCCCGACCUCCCCAGUAGCAGCAACGACGACCUACUAUCGCUCUUCGAAAACAACUGAGGGCGGACUCACACAUACACACACACAAAAACACACUCGCAGACUGACUGACCCACGCACAUCAAAUAUAAACUUCUUGACUGCCUGGGGUUGAAACAGCCCCCACCGCCCCCAUUCACGCCCAGCUCCCCAAAAAAGCGCAAAUGUUUCACAGAACUUGGCAAACACAAAGAUGCACUCCCUCUCUCUUCUUCCUCAUGUACAGUUUUCAAUGGCCAGCGCAGAUUGACUGAAAAUGGUGUUUUAACUCUUACCGUCACGGCGCUAUCGAGAGGGGCCGGCCUCCCUCACUCCUCGCUCCGAUACCUUGGAACUGUGCAGCUAUGUUAAGUCGAUUUUAUAUACCACACACACACACCGGUGUACGUGUGGACAUUAGGAAGGUGUUUUUAGUUGUAGCAUUUUUAUAAUUCAUGUUUUGUUUCUUUUCAGAUGUAAAAAAAAAGGAAUGAAUUGUAUAAAAGAGAAAAAAAUAUAUGUAAAAAAAAAAAAGAAAGCCCUUUCUGGCCAGUGUGAAUUCUGUCCGUGUUGUGAUUGCCAAUUUGAGACAGCCACCGAAUAUCUACGAAAAAGCUUAUUUUCUUGGCUGGUUAGUAGCACGGUUUGUUCUACCAUUCAUCACUUAAAAGCACAAGAGAUUAUGGCAAUGCAAAAAACUAAAAAACUUUUUUUUUAUGAAAGCAACAGGCAGAGCUCCAUUUGUGUCUAUCCUCAAACAUUUAUUUGCAUCAUUUACGAACGUUUUGUAGCUUCUUUUUUUUCAUUUCAUUAUUUUGAAAGUGGACGCAUGGGAAUAUGGGAAUAAUUGGCCCUCAGUUUCCUUCAGUUAUUGUCAGUUUUUCUUAACGGUUAAUAAAAGAACUUAAACUGAAAUCAUAUCAAAACAACCAUACAUAAACAACACAACAUAAUGGAACUCGUGGUGGUCCUGAAGAGGCUAGCAUUACGUUAGCUUUAGCGCUACAAGUGUAUUUGUAGGAUCCUCUGACUAUCCCGCUGAAUUUAGUACUUGCUGUCGAAACGUCCGUACAGUAUGUCAGCUUCACAUCGUCCCGCACUUGCUUAUCCCAGCAUUUUUUUUCAAGUAAAUCUCCCCCUUCAUGUUCAAUCGUGUGCUGUUAUUGUUAUCUACAAAGUGCAUGUGUGCCAACCCCUGUCCCGUGCUAUUCCAAAUGGUUAAGAUAGUGUUGUUGUUGUUUUUUUUGUUGCCGUUUACUCGGCUCUUAAUGUGUCUGUACUUGUUAUUAUUAUAUUAUUGCUAUUAUUAUAAUUAUUAUUACGUCAGACUAAAUUUGUAUCAUUUAUUUAAGACUAACACCGAAGGGACAAUGCUGACGUCCGCAGUCAUUUGCUGGAUGUAUACUGUUUGUGUUUGAGGUUGUUGUUGUUUUUUUCCUGUUAGUUUUCACGCUGCAAAUUUAAAGAAAUCCAUAAUUCUUAAACUAACUGCUCACCAUCACCAAAGUAAGGGGAAUGAGAAUAAAGAUAUUUGUGAUUGUUUGUUUGUGUGCAAUGGUUGUGCCGAUGUGUGUGCGUGUGCAGAUGUGAGAAUGAGUGUGUCUGUGUGUGUGUUUGUGUUUUGUUUAUACAGAGGAGGGAUUACUGUUUUCAAAAAUACAGGGCAAGCCACAGUCAAGUCAUCAUCACUACUGUUCAAGGAGAGCUUUCUGAAACCGUAUUGGAACUUCUGCCACACCUGUUAAAUUUGAACCUUUUCGCAAAGAGUGCUGUUCAGUAUGCAAAUGUAUUAUUUUUUGAGAGAAAAAAAAACUAUUGUACUGUAAAUAUUCUUGUGAAUAUUUUUGUAUCAUCUCGAUAAUGUUUGGGCCUUUCCUAGUUGCAUCGUCCGAACUCCCUAACCGAUCGUCUUGCCCUCAUAUCCAGCUGAACGCUGACUUAGUUUGUAACCAGCCUACUGUAUGGGUCCUUCCUAAAUCCUGCUUACUGCUAGUCCAUUCGCCUCAUAAGCUACCCCCUGCAGUUCUCUGUGCUCUCCCUGCACCCCUCUACUGGCCAUAUUCCGCUAGUCAGCCACCAUCUUGGUUCUGAGCGAUUGCUGGGCGGAAGGAACUGAAUGCAAUUCAGCAUUGAGUUCCCUUACCUAGUUAGCUUUAGAUCCAAGAUGGCCGCUAAAGGACCUGAACGUUGUAUACCGCAUUCAGUUCCUCUAGCCAGAUAGCUUUUAGGUUGAAGAUGUCACCAUGAUGGCCACUGGGUGAAUAAGACCCAUAUUUGUCGUCUUCUGUAUUGAACGCUCACCCGUCUUUCCGGAACUAGAAAUAAAAAGUUAACUGUAAAUGACACACGCUCACACAAAAGCAAUAUUUUCUCACUGUUCCGCUGUGUUUCAUUAUAAAUCAACAACUGGUCUAUUUAUGGAUUUUAUGUUAAAGUUAUUCAAAAUAAUUCGAUUUUGAAAUUGGCUGGCUAUUGGUGUAUCUUGCAAACCAUGUUGGCAGGCAAAUGGUAUUUUUCAUGAUAUAUACCUUUUUUAAAGAACUUCAUAUUGUUUUAAUUUAUUUUUAUAGGAUAUGUUUUGUUUCUAAACGUAUGACCAUUCACUUUUUUCCACCCUGUGUUUUGUUCGGUAAAUUAUUUUGUACUCAUAUUUUCCCCCUUUUUUCAUGUAAGACUUGAAAACAUACAACAUCAACUGUAUCUGAUGUGCUGAUGACACACCACAGUUCCAUGUUAAUCCUGAUGUUGAGCACAUGAGUUGUUUGAUGACAAACGAGUGGCAUAUUGUUUCCAUAUUUUAACACACACACAGACUGCCAUUAAUAUCCUAUUUCAGAUUAUUCACCUGCUAUCAGAAACGAAAAAACAUAUAUAUAUCAAUCCCAUGGAGCUAUCAUUUCACAGUUUGUUCUUUUAUACAUGUGAGCCAAUUUUAUGUAUCAGACAGACCUACACCCAGAAUCUAUAGUUGCAAAAUCACAGCAAAAAGGGAGGGAGGGGGGCGGAUGGAAUAUAUAAAAAUGAAAUAAAAUGAUGCAAAGAAGAGAGGCACGUCUACCUAUUCUGGUCCAGAACAGGUCUACGCAGUCAGUCAAUGUCAAAUUGGGUCAACGUUUUAGUGAUGCCUGUAUAUAUGUAAAUGAAUAUAGAGACACGUGAACAGAAAUGUAUUCAUUUUCCCUGGGAAUGUGCAUUGUUUCUUCAUAAUAAUAAAAAAAAUUAAGCUUGCAACCCCUCUAUUGGAAGUGGCUGAAUAUGGAAAAUGAAACGUUGUUCGUUAUAGUGUCUGUGGAUCGUCCUCCCUAAGCGCCCCCCCCCCCCCCCCCUGUAAUAUAUUUUGACAACCCAUUACAUGUAUACAUGUAAUACUUGGUGUUAUACUGUGUCACCUGCGUACUGUUGAGGUGCUACAGCAACCACGAAAAUAAUUCUAGAGGGAAUUAUUCUGCAGCGUGAAAGACAGACUUUUUUGGGGGUGGGGGAAGAGAGAAGAGUCCGGAAGAUUGUAACCAAAUCCAUAGUUUGUACAAUUUUUUUUAUAUUAUGAGCAGUUGGAAUGGAAAAGCAAAAUGGUACAACCUAAAGUGAUUCAUGCAAUGUGGCCAUUUGUCUCUAUGUUUGUACAUUUGUAUGUACAAUCAUUUCAUAUUCUAAACUGGUCAGAAAAUAAAGGAACUAAUUGUGAUUUUUAGUCUUGCUGAUCUGUAUGUAGUUAGAUGAUGUGACAACCUAAUAUUUAUCUAAUAAAUAUGUAUUCAGAUGAUACCUGUA